AUGGAUAUAAUUUUGGUUUUCUUUGUGCCAGUAGCUCUCAUCAGAAAUUUUUUCUCUUCUCAGAAGCGAUAGAGAAUAAAGCAUAAAGCUCUUGCUAUACUUUGUAUUUGCGUCUUUUUAGGACUAUUUGCAAUCGCUUACGUAUUGUUCUUCAAUUACGUUGAAAUUCCCAAUGACAAAGAAAUUGAAUCAUUCUUCACUAGAGUUUAAGAAAUACUCCUAUCUUCUAAUGCCCAACUAGAGUUCUUAACUUUGAUUGGAAUUAUAAUGAAUGCCUUCAUGCAAGGCUAUGUUUGCACUAAUACUAUUUAUGUCUACUUUAUCGAAGAUAUAUACCAGAUGCCUUCGGGAACAAAUUGUGAAGGUGGAAAGUCUCAGCAAUUCGAAUUUCACUAGCAAAGAAUAUAAAAUACUCUUGAUCAAAUAGCCUAUUACAAAAAGAAGCAACUUAAAAUGUAGUUCGAACUAAAAAAGCUCAGUGAUAAAAAAUAAGAUCAUCAAAAAGUUACAUCAGCUGAUGACAAGGUUAUUAAAUUUUAACAGAGUAUUGAAAUGUUGAAGAGUGAAAUCGCUAACUACGAGAAGGAGAUAAAAAUGCUUAAUACAUUACAGAAAUAGUAUACACAAGAUGUUAUCGAAUAUAUGAAAUGGUCCCAAUAGAUUAAUUAUAGGCAAACAUAUAGAGGUAAAUUCUUUUAUCUGAUUGGAAGAGCCACAGCUUUAUUUUGGAUUUUCAAAUUCUAUUAAGGAGUAAGGAAUAUGAUUUGGAGUGCAAACUAUUUAGAGCAGUCAAAUAGCAACUUCAGACAAGUAGUUCUUAAAAAUAUGAGCUUUUACAAGGAAGAGGAUGAAUUAUUCUGGGAUAUCUUGAUAUAGUACACAACUAUUUUUGUAAUUGGAGCAUAGAUUGCUCUAAAUAUCUAAUCCUUUAUGAGAAAUCUAUUGACUUCCUUGAAGAAUAUUUUAAAAGACUACUCAAUUAAGACUUCUUAUAAUACCACUAUUCUCAUUUUUACCUUUGUAAGAUUCCCAGUUUAUAUUUGA